AUGGCAGCCACUUUGAUUGUAUUUGGUGGCCUUUUGCUUUUAGCAUGGCUUGUCAACAUUGCAUACCGCUCUCUAUUCCACCCGCUUGCUAAGUUUCCGGGUCCUAAACUGGCCGCUGUUUCCGACAUCUGGUAUGCCAUAAAAUGGACCUCUGGUCGAUAUCCAUUCAUCAUGGAAGAAACACAUCGUAAAUACGGUGAUGUGGUGCGCAUUGCCCCUAACGAGCUUUCCUUCGCUACUGUGCAGGCAUAUCAAGAUAUCUACGGACAUGCGCUCAAGGGUAAAAAGAAAUUUGUUAAGAGUAAUUGGUACGACACAGCAGGAGACCAUCCCGGCAUAGUUAGCGUCAGGGACCCUAAGGAACACUCGCGACAAAGGAAGUACCUCUCCCAUGCAUUCAGCGCCAAAUCGCUACGCGGUCAAGAAGUACUCGUCCAUGGCUAUGUGAAUCUGUUCUUGGACCAAUUGCGUGAUCUUGCAUUUGGAGAAUCUUUUGAUGCUGUUGCCAACGGGAAAACGCACUUCUGGGUAUCAAUAAUUAUUGAUGCGACUUAUACCUCGAUGCUCUCAGCGUUGAGAAAGCGCGUUCCCCUCGUCAAUCUGUACCUGCCAUUUGUUGUUCCAAAAGAUGCGAAAGCGACAUAUCAAAAACACAGGGCAUUGACUCGCGAGAAGAUGCUGAAGCGACUCGACAUGCCCAACUCCGAGGACCGCGGGGAUUUCUUCGCAUCUCUAUUGCGAAAAGGUGGUAAUGAGGUUCCGGAGCCUGAGCUCCUCCAGCAAUCCAAUACGCUCAUUGUGGCUGGGUCGGAAACCACCGCUACAUGUCUCACCGGAAUCGUCUUCUGCUUGCUGUCCAAUCCAUCUUGUUUGGAAGCUCUUUCCAACGAAGUCCGUUCGAGAUUUCAAUCAGACUCCGAGAUCACAGGAGACGCCACCGCUGACAUGAAGUACCUCUCUGCAGUUAUUGAAGAAGGACUUCGAAUCUUUCCGCCUGCGCCUUUCGGUCUUCCCCGUAUUUCGCCUGGUGCUGUAAUAGACGGCCACUACGUUCCUCCAGGCGUCACUGUUAGUGUAGAUCACUGGACUACCAAGCAUGAUAGACGAUACUGGAAGGACCCUUACUCUUUUAUACCAGAGCGCUGGAUUGAUGAGGGUUUUGGAGAUACAAAGCAGGCUAGCCAACCCUUUUCUCUUGGCCCCAGAGCUUGCUUAGGUAUCAAUCUGGCAUAUCUUGAAAUGAGAAUCAUUAUUGCCAAGAUGGUGUAUUGUUUCGACUGGGAACUGCCUCGUUUGAUGGUCCGUUUCCAUCCUCACAAUUAG